UUCUUUUCGUAACCCUAAGCUCUCUCUCUCUCAAUUCAAUUCUCUCUCCCUUUGAACUUUCUUCUGUAUAUCAACAUCAGAAGUUCAUCAAAUACUUACAUUGAUGGCUCCUGUUUCAUUGCCACCUGGUUUUCGGUUCCAUCCAACGGAUGAGGAGCUCGUGGUGUAUUAUCUCAAGAGGAAAAUCAAUGGUCGAAGCAUUGAAUUAGAGAUCAUCCCUGAAGUUGAUCUCUACAAGUGUGAGCCUUGGGACUUACCAGGGAAGUCAAUAUUACCCAGCAAAGAUCUGGAAUGGUAUUUCUUCAGUCCUCGUGAUCGCAAAUACCCCAAUGGAUCAAGGACGAAUCGUGCAACCAAAGCUGGAUAUUGGAAGGCCACAGGAAAAGAUAGAAAAGUGAACUCUCAGACUCGUUCUGUGGGCAUGAAGAAAACCCUAGUUUACUACAGAGGGAGAGCCCCCCAUGGCAUUCGAACUCAUUGGGUUAUGCAUGAAUAUCGCCUUGAUGAACGUGAAUGUGAAACUGAUACAGGCUUGCUGGAUGCAUAUGCUCUUUGUCGUGUGUUCAAGAAGAGUGCAAUUGCCCCGAAGGUUGGGGAGCAUUAUGCCGCUACAACUAGUAAUCAAAUGAUGAAUGAACAUUCAUCUGGGGAGAUUGAUUUAUAUACAGAGAGACGAUGCAAUGGAUUUGAGAGCUCAGGUUAUCCAAUGGCAUAUGGAACAUGUUUACCUAGCAAUGCCAAUGAACCACCCAUUGAUCUCAGUGGGACACAAGAGGAAAAGUGGACACAGUUCUUAUCAGACGAGGCACUUGGCUACACAACUCCAUUUUCAAACUGUGGAACCUCUUCAUACCAUCCUUCCAAGAUUGAUAUAGCAAUAGAGUGUGCAAAGCUGCAACAUCGGCUCUCGCUGCCUCCAUUGGAGGUGGAAGAUUUUUCUCAAGGUUGCUAUACAGACUUCAAAAUGCAGCACUCGCACUCAACUUCCUCUCUGGGGGGAAUUACAAAUGAAGGAAAUAUACUGCAGGAAAUUCUUUCAGUUUCUCAUGCAUCACAGCAACUCUUGAAUCAAUCAAACCUUCAAGAUACAUGGGGUGGAAAUUACAGUGCCCAUGUGGAUGAUUUUAGUUUUAUAACUGGGGAAGAUAAUCACUAUAAUCCAAGUAAUGUAAUGAAUUGUGUUAGAUAUAAUGACAAUUGGGGAGAUCUGAAUACAAAAUCAAUAGAAAUCGGAGGCUUGGAUGAAGAAAUCAGACCAGAGAGGAUGGUAGAGAAAUUGAGAUGGGUAGGAAUGUCCAACGAGGAUUUAGAAAAGAGUUUAAUGGAAGAACAGAAGAUUGUUCCCGUAGAAAAGAUUUCAAGUUUUAAAAGAACAGACGUAGGUGAAGCUCAAGGUGAAACUUCGCAUAAUAGUUGUUUGGGAUUCAAUGACUCAGAAAUCAAUGAUUUUUCUCUUGAAUUUAUCGACGAUGAACCCAGUGGGAACAAUCAUGAAGACAUUGCAGAUGGAUUUGCAAGCUCACCAAGCUUUGAGGUGGUGGAGGAAAUUAAAGUGAAUCAUGGAAUGUUUAUUUCAACCCGCCAAGAAGCAGCCACAUUCUUUCACCAAAUAGUGCCUUCGCAGACGAUUCAGGUCCACUUUAACCCGGUAGAGAAGGCAGAGACACAGUUUCCAAGGCAUGAGAAACAAGGGAAAUUCUUCAGAAAGUUCAUUCAUCUGUGGACGGGAAUAGCUGUUGCAGUUGUGUGUGCGGUGGCAUUUGAUCUCUUAAUGCUUCUUUUUCAUGUUGGGAAAACGGAGAAAUUGAUGGAUGAAGAUUGCUCUAACAGUUUGAAGGGGAUGAAAAUAUUGUCAGCUAGAGAUAAAGAUUUCUCUGUUAAUAUAAGGAGUGGUGGGCGUCAUUCUAUGGUAUUUUUGAAGAAGUUAGGGCUUUUUGUCACCAUUUCCUUUGCUCUAUGUACCAUGUGGGCAACAGUGUAGAUGUUGACAUCCUUCUAACUGUAGUUGAUAGUUUUGGGAAGGGAUUAGAUGAACCUUCUCCAAAAUUGGAGGCUGACAUCUUAAUUAAUUGACUGUGUUGUAUACUGGUACCUAUAAUUGUUAUUCAUUGGAUAUUUUAAUAAAAAUUCGUAUUUUAUUUACUCAA